UUGGUGACACUUGGCACAGUCUUCCUGAGCGCAGCACGCCCUCCUUGUGCAAGAACACAGAGCCCCAGGUGCAGGAGGCAGAGGCCUGCAGCAAGACUUGCAGAGAGACACAGCAAGCCAUGGUGUUUCCAUGGAAAUGGAGUACUCAGCGGGGCUCAUGGAGCAUCCUCAAGCUGUGGGUCUGGACCCUGCUCUGCUGUGAUUUCCUGACACACCAUGGAACUCACUGUUGGACUUACCAUUAUUCUAAAAAAUCCAUGAACUGGGAAAAUGCUAGAAGGUUCUGCAAGCAAAACUACACAGAUUUAGUUGCCAUACAAAACAAGAAAGAAAUUGAGUAUUUGGAAGAGACGUUACCCAAAAACCCUACUUACUACUGGAUAGGAAUCAGGAAAAUUGGAAAAAUGUGGACAUGGGUGGGAACUAACAAAACUCUCACUAAAGAAGCGGAGAACUGGGGGGCUGGGGAGCCCAACAACAAGAAGUCCAAGGAGGACUGUGUGGAGAUCUAUAUCAAAAGGGAACGAGACUCUGGCAAAUGGAAUGAUGAUGCCUGCCACAAACCAAAGGCAGCUCUCUGCUACACAGCCUCUUGCCAACCAGGGUCUUGCAAUGGCCAUGGAGAAUGUGUGGAAACUAUCAACAAUCACACGUGCAUCUGUGAAGCAGGGUAUUAUGGGCCCCAGUGUCAGUAUGUGGUCCAAUGUGAGCCUUUGAAGGCUCCUGAGAUGGGUACCAUGGACUGCAUUCACCCCUUGGAAGACUUCAGCUUCCAAUCGCAGUGCACUUUCGACUGUUCCGAGGGAAGAAUACUACUUGGGAUUGCAGAAACACAGUGUGGUGUAUCUGGAAACUGGUCAUCUGUAGAGCCUAUCUGUCAAGUGAUUCAGUGCACACCUCUAGCAGCACCUGAUCUGGGCACUAUGGAAUGCAGUCAUCCCCUGGCCAACUUCAGUUUUACUUCUGCUUGUACCUUCACCUGCUCAGAAGAAACUGACUUAAUUGGUGAGAGAAAAACUGUCUGCGGAUCAUCUGGCAUCUGGUCUAGUCCUAGUCCAGUAUGUCAAAAGACAAACAGAAGUUUCUCAGAGAUCAAGAAAGGCGACUAUAACCCCCUCUUCAUUCCUGUGGCCGUCAUGGUCACCGCGUUCUCGGGGCUGGCAUUUAUCAUUUGGCUGGCAAGGCGGUUAAAAAAAGGCAAGAAAUCUCAGGAAAGGAUGGAUGAUCCAUACUGAUUCAUCUUUUGUGAAAGGAAAGUCAUGAGGUACUAAAAAAACAAAAUUGGAAGAUAACUUCAACUCCUCCUGAGAAGAUUUUGCACACAGGCAUCUCCCAUGUUAGAGAUGCAGUGUUUGCUCAUGUUUCUGGAAGGAUUUCCACAGGACCAACAACUCCUCCUAACUUCUUCUUGCUCAUUCAUCCCAUUAACCCUACCCCAUAAUUUGUGUCUAUACAGAUCAGCAUUUUGUCAUCUUUUCUGUGGAGGAACAAAUAAGACUAUUAAGCAGAAGAGUUUCCAUAGAAUAUAAAGAUAUCUACUUUUACUCUUUCCUCACUCUUGUUUCCUAUUUCAAUUCAGUACCAAAGUUAAUGCCAAACAUAGUGUAAAAUGUGAUACAUGUGUAAUUGAAAAUUCAGAUUCCUUACACAUAGCAUGUAUCCUAUGACAACAUUGACAAAACUCUUCGCUUUCCACCUCCAAAGAACAAUGCUCUAUUCAAGUUGGAACCAUCCUACUUUGUCUUGUAGGCCCACUCUCCAUGAGUGGCAGCCACUGUAGCCAUUCACAUUAACCCUCCUCAUCUCCUUUUCUUAGGUGGCUAAAUUCCACACACCGCACCCGAUGAUAGCCACCAAACAUCAAAGAAGAGAAAAUCUCCUACGUUGGGUUUUAGUUUUGAGUUUUCCCUUCUCUUUAUUAGAUCUCUCUAGGUUCCUUAAAGCCAGUGUUCUGAUGAUUAUUAAUAGUUAGUGAUAACGCAACCCACUGUCUUGGAGCUGAUAUUAUGAAGACAACUUAAAACAAGCAGAAAGACCCCUGAACUCAUGCUGGAAUGACACCCUUCCCUUUCCCUUACAUCUCCUACUCAGGUACCUAAAUUCUGUUUUAUAGGAGGACAGCCGGCCACAACCCUUGCCACUUCUUUUAUAACUAGCUCCAUAACUCACCCAACCCAUAGGCUAUCUCAUUUUCUGGCUUCACUCUGCAAGAUCUUUAACAUGAUGCAUUUAAAUACAGCCCGAAUUUUUAAAAUGUUAGUCUGUUUGUAUACCAGAAUAUAACAUUAUACCAUUCUUGAGGGGAAAGACUGUGCCAGGUCUCGAGUUCCUAGUUUGUUAACUGACGCUUGGUAAAUUGUCUGGCCACAGUUGGUGAAUGAAGCUGUGUGAGGAGAUUUCUGAGAGCUUGUGAGAAAACACCAAGAAAACUAGACUAGGGUCUUCUAACCUCUCUUCCUCCAUAACAGGGAUUUGUUCUUGAAAUGGGCUUUUGUGCCCCUCCCUGGUGUAACAGAGUGGGUUUACUUCAGAUUAUCCAUCAGUUACCAAUAGUAUUUAGAUGUUUCCAAGCACAGUUUAUCCUCCUGACUGUCUAUGGCUUGAACUAAUGUGACCUUGCUCUCAGCACUGGACAAGCUGAAACUCAUGUGACUUGGCCUAAACUCCUUGCCCUCAAGACUGUAUACAGCUGGAACUCAUGAAUUUUGCUGAUACAACUUUGCCUAAACCCCCAGAAUACCCUCAGAAUAUGAAAGUUCUGGUGCCCUGAAUAAAGAUGGUUAUUGCAUGAGA